AAGACUUCCUUAUCUUUAUGAACAAGAUAACUUUUUCACUAUAUAACAAACGAAAAAAACCCAGAAAACCUAAUGGAUCAAGCUGAAACGGCAAAGAUCGAUCCUUCAGACCUUGAGCAGGAUGUGAGAGAUGUAUCGAACUGGAAGGGACUUGAAACGUCCGAAGAUGAAACUAACGGGGAGGAAACCGAAAAGUCGAUAUUGUCUUUGUCGGAAGCUGCCAAAAAGAUCGAUCCCUCACCUCUUGCGUCUUUUCUCAAAGAAGUAUUGGACGAGGAUUGGUAUCAACCUGCGAAGCAGAUGAUAAAAUUAAUCCAUUACUAUGGAAUUCAACUUUCCCUAGUACCCUCCUUUCAAUGGGUCAAGAUGUUCGAGGAGUAUCCUUUAUCCAAGCUGAUUCAUGUUCCGUUAUCUCUUAUUCCUAUGCCUGUCUACGAAAAAUCAAUCGAUUUCAUCAACACGCUUCCAUUCCAUAUACUACCCGCCGCUGUAUUAUGGGCCUCUGAUCUCAUUCUCACUGAAUGGCCAGGAGUUGUCAAAAUUGAACAACUUAAUUCUGACGAAUCAAAGGUGGCAGCAUUUGUUGUAUUAGCUAUGGUGUUGCGUACUAAACCUGAUGCCUUGACUGAUGUUUUGCCAAAUCUGAGGGAGACCCCUACAUAUCAAGGUCACGACAAGCUUCCGGUUAUAAUUUGGAUGAUUGCUCAGGCCUCCCAAGGUGAUUUAUCUGCUGGCUUGUAUUCAUGGGUGCGUAACUUGCUGCCACUAGUCUCUAAUAACAAGUGCUACAGCUCUCAGUCAAUUCAUCUCAUCCUGCAAUCUGUUGAGAUGAUUUUGUCCUCCAAUCCGAAGGCUCGGGUUCUACUCCUCCUAAACAAAAAUGUUAGGAAUGGAGAGGUGCUGAUUCCACCUCCUUCGUUUGAGACGUUGGUGCGGCUUACAUUCCCUCCUCCAUCCGCUAGAGUAGAGGGGGCAACAGAGAGGUUUGAGGCAAUUUAUCCCUUGUUGAAGGAAGUAGCCCUUGCACCAGGAAGUUGCGCACUGCAACAUAAUAUAUUCACUUUUUCCUUGAAAUUAGCUGGUGGACAAGGAAAUCCUGCUCUAGCCAAUGAAGCUACAGCUAUCGCCAUCAGUGUUUUGACACAAAACGUUGACUGCUUUACGCAAUGGGAGAUUCUCUACAAGGAGAAUCUUGAAGCUAGCGUUCUUCUUCUUAAAAAGCUUGUAGACGAAUGGAAGGAUCAUUGCCUCAAACUAUCACCAUGCUCGGAUGAUGCUCGCACUGUCAAGCAUGCUAUGUAUAGCUUCAGGAUGGAGAACGAAAAAGCCAUCACUGAAGGAGUAGUCAAUCUCUCUCUUUACAAAGAAGCUGACAAGUCGUGCAAACUGAUCUUGAGGAGACUACUCUCCCGUGGAAGUGGCGGCCUCGGAAUAGGAUCCUUAACCGCUAUGUUUAUAGCCGCUGCAGGAGGCAUUGUUGGAGCCGCACUUACUCUGUAUAUAUCUUGCAAGUAGCAUAUAAUGAAUGGGUUCUCGCUGAUGUUGAGGAGUGUGGUGUAUACAAGUCCUCUCUUAAAAGAGACUUAUCAGAAUAUUUAACGACUUGUUUGAUCUAAAUGUAUUAUUACUUUUUAAAGCUAUUGUGUUUUUUUUUU